UUACCUUAUCAUUGAUAUUUGACUUUAGCUCAGUUUGACAUACAUUAUAUUUUCUGUUUUUUCAAACUCAACAUGGAUAAUGAUUUUGAAAACAAGAUAAAAGAGCUGAAAAGUAAAAUCCAAAGCUAUCCCGAUUUUCCUAAACAAGGAAUUUUAUUUUGGGACAUCUUUUCAGCGAUAUCAGAUGGUUCAACAUGCAAGUUACUACAGAGUUUACUCAUACAAACCAUUAAACAGAACUUUCCAGAAGUAGAUGCUGUGGUUGGUUUAGAGGCAAGAGGUUUCCUCUUCUCAUUUUCUUUGGCAGCAGAACUAGGUAUCGGAUGUUUACCUGUGAGGAAGAAGGGAAAGCUGCCCGGUGUAGUUGAAGCAUAUAAAUAUGAUUUGGAAUAUGGUUCGGAUAUCUUAGAGAUACAAAAUAAUGCAAUCCGUCCUGGACUAAAGUGCCUUAUUGUGGAUGAUUUGAUGGCGACAGGUGGUUCAAUAACGGCAACAGCGAAUCUAUUGAAGACUUGUGGUGCGGAAGUGAUUGGUUGUGUAGUUGUGAUGGAAUUAGUUACAUUAAACGGACGGAAUAACAUACCUAAAGGUAUACCUGUUUGUUCUUUGAUAAAAUAUGACUAGUAAAAAGAUUUUGCUUCACAGAUUAAGACAACAGUAAUAAGACAAUACUUAGACAUUGUCACCAAAUAUUCCCUCAAAUUUAUUCUGUCCAAUGAAUGGCUCUGUCAUAGAGGUUAUUUUUUAUCUGUUUCAUAAGAUAUGACUGACCUGUUUUAUCUGUGGAUACACUGUUCUCUAUAAAUGGAUAGGCAAUUGCUUUUGCUUAGUUCAGAUUUAAAUGUGCCUGCAGGGCUAGACAAAGUGUAUUUGCUCCGAAGUGAUUGUAUUACAAACUUCAAAAAUAUAUAAAACUGACAAUAAGUCAUGUGAUUGUCGCUGGUCAGUUCCAUACAUUUUUGAAAUUCGUUAUGGAAUUGCUUUGGAGCAAAUGUACAUUGUCUAUUCCCACCGUCGAUAUGGGACAGUUAAAUCUGUCUCUAUCCACACUAUUGCUAAAAACUGCUACCAUCAGUGCCAAAAUGGCGGAAAUCAAAUAGACACAAAAAAUUCUACUUAUAGUCAGUCCAUUUAUAUUGGUCAGUGGCUGUCAAAGAAGACAAUUUAAUUUGAAUAUACAGUCAAACUUGGGUAAGCAGGAAACCUCUAAGCAAAAUUUAUUAUCUGCCUAACAGAUAACCUCCAUGAUGGAGACAUUCGGUGAGAAACCUAUAUAACAGAAAAUAUGGCAGUUGUAUUCUAGUUUGUCCAAGUGUGACUGUAAUUUAGAUUUUAAUAAGUAUUUUAUCAAUAAGCAGACAGUACAAAUAAAUAUAAAAUAGGAAAUCAAUACUUUUUA